UUGUUCUGUUCAGUCCUUCUGGGUCUCCUAACAACUUCAUCUACCCAACAGGUGCACAGUUAUUUCAUUUCAAGAAAUAACUGCUCUCCAAUCUCCACUUGUAUGUUGACCUGAAACGAAACAAACAACUCCGAAUAUGAACAACAAACUAGACAAACACACCACGAAUCAGCGUCGUCUUUAUCAUGCAAACUCUUUUCUUCCCUACUUUUCUUUCAGACACCGGAGAACCUUUUAUAUAAGCUAUAAAGGCAUUGGUCUUCACAGAAAAUUCACCCCAGGUGAUAAAAGUGUUGGGCUGGCAACCGUUGCACAAAAGCACAAAGGUCUGCCAUGGUUUCUUUCAGUCUAAUGCCGUCUCCUAUGUCCAGUGAGGCGGAAUAUUUCUGGGGGUGGAAAAGGGGGGAAGGUAUUCUUAAGCUGUACUAUUCCUAUUCCACGCACCAUAAGAGAUUCUAGCACUUGCUGCGUCGUCAUUGAGGUGGCGACAUUGCUAGAGGGAGAACUGAAAAGACAGGAAGAAUCUUGAAUGAGAUUUAUGUAAACCUCAAACGUUGAGGAAAGGUUUAAGAGGCAUUAUUUUCCCCCAGGGAAUAAUCAACUUCAGUGGCUUAAAAGGAUGUCUCGAGGAGGGACGGUACAGACUACUGUCGACAGCUUCAUGAAAGAGAUAUAGAACAUCCCAUCGAUUGUUGAGGAAUAAGUCACGUGAAGGUUGAAGACCCUCUGCCUGGAAUAUAUUGCCUGAAAUGAACCUUUCUAGCUAGGAGGAUACUCUGGGUGAAUGAACAACCUGGAAAGACCAUCGUUUGGACUGGAAAUUAUUCAAUAUCUCCAAACGUGCAAAGCUGAAGGACCAAGCAAACGAAAGACAAAAUAUAACUUCUGAAUCUAUUCGUUUUAUGAUAUCGCAAAUACUACCACCGCUGACCUGGACUCGGCACCAUGAUUGUUAUAAAAGUCUUCAAGGCGAUAAUCGUGCGAGCGACUCUGGCCCUGCACUCUAUCCUGGCCAUCUGGCGGGUGACGGUAAUGAGGGAGGAUACCCUCUGGUGGCUACUGGCAUGCACUUUGGUCCCUUUUGCCAUAGAGGCGGCCUACACCAUCAUCAAAAGACACGGCGAUGAGUUCAAAUGGUUCACGCCAUGUUUUGUCUUCUACCUGGGAGCCACAGUGCCGUGUGUCUGGCUUCUGGAGCUGGACAAAACUGACCGCUACCAGGAGGGCACCGUGGACCAGCUAGACAAAAUGGACAACAACACCAGCAGUGGGCUGUCCGUCGGUAUAAGCCUGAACCCCAACAUGUGGACGAUCCUGAUCGAGGAACUUCUCCUGUACAUCCUCAUCGUAAGCCGGUGGGUGCUCCCCCGUGGCGAAGUGACUCGAGAACAACUCUCUGAACUCCUCUUCGCCUUCAUCGGCAUCGCCUCGGACAUCAUGGAGAUGUUCUCCUUGUUCGGGGAGAGCGUGGUGCGCAACAACAAGUACAUGGCCUACUGGAUCCUGGUGGUCUGGUCGGUGUCCGUGCUGCAGUUUACCAUGACGGUCACUGUGACGCAUCAGCCGAAGAAGGCGAAAAACAUCAAGGUCAUCGUUGACCAAGAUGAGGCCCUUGAGAGUGCGAAAAUUCGGAAUGAGAUUUUUGCCAUCGUCGUCUCCAUGCUUAUGCAAGACGUUCCCUUUGUGACCUUGAGACUUUACACCAUUGUGACCUAUAACCUGGUCACGUACAGUUUGGUGUUCUUCACGGCAAAGAACAUUCUGGUCAUAAGCCUUCUGAUCUAUAAGAUCGCAGUUCUCCUGCAGAAGCGUUAUUGUCCCGAACUAGGAGAUGACGACGAGGAAGAGCUGGUGAUUGGAAGUUCAGACGAUGAAAAGAAACGGAAAGGCAGAAAAGGGACAAAGGACGAAGAAGGAAUCAUCUUGGCUUCUGACAAGGGCGGCAAAAAGCUAGUUGAAGGCUACGGUACCUUAGCUUCCAUCAAUAACGAGAGAUCUCCGAAUUCAUCUGAACUGAAAAGGCGGAAUGGAAAAGGACCAAACAACGACACAGCUUCUUCAAAUAGAGAUAAAGGAAAUGAGAAUGCCAACAUGGUCCAGCCUGCUGUGGCCAUCAAUGAUUCAGCGCUCGGUCCUAACCCGUCCGGCCAACAGCCUCCCAUCCAGCCCUACUCUUUCCCAAACCAAAACCCAAAUCUAUCCCCCUCCUCUUCCAGAACCCCCAGCGAGGGGCACGGCUCCACAAAAUCCAACGGCAGCGCGCCCACUCAUUCCCGCACCAGCUCAAACGCGGCGAACCCUUCUUUAGACAGUGGUCGGCCAAAGACUCCAGCGUCGAAGCAGAAUUCUCCCGCCGUCAGCAACAACGGAAGCGGCCCUCCUAGCGAAGCAGGUGAUCAGAAAGAUGUCUCGCCUAGUGCUUCUAGCGGUCGUAGUCCUUCAAAUCGUUCCGCAGCAAGCAAUGCUGCGCCUUCAAAUUCUGCUGCUCCUUCCGGUGAUAACUCUGCAUCACCAGCUGAAACGAAACCUGACCCCGAACCUUUUGUUUCAGUCGUUAAUGUGUCCAAGUGAAUCUUUUUAUGUUGGAAAGACCCGCAAAACUGGCUUGAUGCUGUGGUCUCAGAUUGGUGCUUGUUUCAGUACCAGAUUCCUCCUAUUCCACAAAAGAGGUCUGUCAACACAGUGUCAGGUACACUGGAAGUCCCUCCCGGAAAAAAACACAAAUCUUAACCUUGUCCAUCCCCGUACCCCAACCCCAACCCCUAACUGGUCCCAACGGUACCCCCUCUUCGCUUCUCUGAACCCUAACCCUUUUCAUCUACAGACCGUUAUUUUACUAAUGUAUCGUUUGCCCAGAAAUAUGUUUGUCAUUUGAUUUACCCUAGAUGCAUAGACCCAGUGCCAGAAAAUGCUCUUGUGUAGAGAUUGCAGUAAGAAACUAGAUGGAUUUAUUGGUCUGUUAAAGUGUCGUACAUUGCUUUACCAUAUGCUCCAUGUAUACUGUACAAAAUCUGUCCCACGACAUGGUGAAGUCCUCUGUUAACGAGCACGGUUGUGACUUACGUAUAUGUAUAUGUGUCAGUUGAUAAGUUGUUUUGUGUAAAUCCCCCUACCUGAUCUGCAUGUGUGGCCAUGUGCAUUCUUCUACACAUUAUGGUCUCGGUUUUUGGCUUGCAGUUUUUUUGGGUUUGUUUUUUUAACUGCAGUUUCAGACAGAUAAACAUUUGAAUGUAGGCCCAUUUAGCAGCUCGCGUACACAUACACCCAUGCAUUCUCACACCGUAACACACACUCACACACAUAUGCGCGCGCGCGCGCACACACACACACACACACACACACACACACACAC